AUGCAAACAAAUCCUAUAUGUCCAUAGCCAGAAGCAUAAUAUUUAGAUAAUUAUGAAAAUUUUGAAGAAAUAACUAAAACAUUUAAAUGUCUUCAAAAAAUUUAAUAACCACUUGAAGAAGGAGCAACUUACUUUUUGAUACGUGCUCCAACUAAAGAUAAUGUUCACCGUGCUAUUAAAUACGGCAUUUGGACUAGGUAGAUAUGCAAUAAAUUUGUUAGUUCGAGUCGUAAUAAUUAGAAAUUAAAUGAUGCAUCUCGUCCAGUUUAUCUAUUAUUUAAUGUUACUCAAACAUCACAUUUUAUUGGAUUGGCUAAAAUUGUCAGCAAUUUUAGAGAAAAUAUGCAUUUUAUGUAUUGGGCUGAGGAAAAUAAAUGGUUUGGGUCUUUUCAAAUUGAAUGGGUAAUAAUCUUUUAAACAAAAGGUUUUUGUAAGAGAUUUACCAUAUAAUGAAUUAAGUUCAAUUUAAUAAUCAAGUGGAAAAUGUAUUCAUGAAUUAAUUGAUUGUACUUAAAUUGAAAAUGGUGAUUUAAUCUAUUCUGCUUUCUCAAAAUAACCCUAAAAUAGCUGUAUGUUGAAGUCUUUUAAGGAAUUAGAUAAUUCAGAAGUAUUUAUUAAUUACUAAUUUCAUAGAAAAGGAAGAGGAAUGAAAGAGAUUCCAAUCCAAAUUUUGCUAUUUUAUUUUAAGAAUAUAUUAGUGUCUUUGAAUCUAUGCCAUUCACUUUCUCUGUAGCUUCUUAUUAAAGAAGAAAAUAAUAAUAGUUUCAAAAUCAAUAUUAUUAAUAAUGUGCAUAUUAUUACUAAAGUCCUUGGUAUGGAGUUGGUAUAUUUUACUAUAAUUAUAGCCUAACCUACAUUUUGGAAUUAGCAACAACUAAAAUAAUAACCCUUUCAAUAAGAAUAAGAAUAAUAAUAAUAAUAAUAAUAAUAAUAAUAAUAAUAAUAAUAAUAAUAAUAAUAAUAAUAAUAAUAAUAAUAAUAAUAAUUGAAUAAUCCUGGAUUUUAUCAAACUUCUAAUUAUAAUAGACCUCAGACAUAAAAUUAUCAAAAUAAUAAAUAUUAACAAAAGAAAUAAUUAAAUAAUAAAAAUAAUAUUUAACAGAGUUAAAAAAAAUAAUGA